ACUGACUAAAAACUAACACGACUCACGCGUAAUCUGUCGAAAAUAGCUACUGGAAAAAGUACCUCAACUUGGAUCACUCUUUAAAUGUAAUCCCAUUUACUCAGCAGAAAAACAUAUAAAUUUAAAAAGUGGCGCUAUAAGCGUACAAACGAACGCGGGAAAUAACCCAAUGGCUUUGAUCGAUCAAAAUAUAUCAAUAUUAAUAUCUUCGAUACGAUAUGUGGAGAAAAAUUCCCCACUUUUAGUCAUUGAUAGUGCAAACGUAAAUAAUAGCUUAUCACGCUUGACUGAUAGCCACCACGCGUGCCGAAAUUAACAAUAUAUAAACAGUGCACUAAUGAGACUUUCGAUGAACGGACUUGGUCGAGAAAAGAGGUGAAACAAAAAUUACAGUUAUUCAGUAUGAAUUUCAAAACAAGUUACGAUAGUGAAAACCGUAUAUGGAAGAGUGAAAGUGUGGAGCAGCUUUUUAACCCAAACAAAUCCAUUGGCGCCAUUGCCCUGUAUAUGCUACGGAGCAAGCCACGGAAUGCCGUUUGCCAGAUCUCCGAUUCGGAGGGAACCGAGCUCACCUACGGCACAGCUUGUUCGUAUGCCAUAAGUGUGGCGUCAUAUCUGAAGGAACUUGGACUAGGCUGUGACGAUGUUGUGGGUAUUGUCGGUCAGAAUACGACGUUGCUAAUGCCAGUACUUGUCGGUUGUUGGAUAAAUGGUACACCUUAUAAUACCUUGCAUCCGAUACAUGAAGAAGAUGAUAUUAGACUGUUAUUUGCUCUGACGAAACCAAAGAUCAUUUUCUGUGAUGGUGAGGCGUUCCAUAAGGUACAAAAUGCUACCAACAUGCUGAAUGCGCCCAUUUACACUUUGUGUAAUCAUUUGGAAGGCGUGCCAUGGAUUCAAGAUAUAUUACAACCAGUGCCAAUGGCAGAAUUAUAUCAAGCUGCCCCUUUAAAAUACGGACCCAAUCAAACCAUGGUUAUCAUACCAUCAUCGGGUACAACUGGGAAACCGAAGGCUGUGUGCAGGUCAAAUUGUAAAUUAUUGUCUGAAAUUGGUCAUACCGAUGGUUCAUCAGUUCUAUUUUCGUUUUCAUCACCGGACUGGGGAACCGGCAUUUUGUUGAUAGUCGCCAAUGUGCUGUGUGGCGGCACACGUAUAAUCACUACAAAACCAUACACGCCCGAAUAUCUUCUGGAAAUUAUCACGAAGUACAAAGUAACGAAUUUAACCGGCUCGCCCAAUCAAUUCGGAGAUCUUGCACAGUUGCCGGGUUACACUGCGGAGGCAAUGUCCAGCGUGCGUGUCAUUGUCAUGGGAGGUUGUCAUGCUCUACCUUCUGCUCAGACUAAUAUAAGAGCCAAAUUGACACGCGGAGUGUUGGUGAACUCAUACGGAACUUCAGAGAUUGGUGGCAUUUCAUUGAAUUAUAGCGAUUAUAAAGUCGACACUGUUGGCCGUUUAUGGGGCGGUGCGCAGCUGAAGAUAAAAGAACGAGUGCCUGAUGAUGUUUCGAAAUUAAUGGGUCCCAAUGAAAAGGGCGAGAUUUGGGUGUACACCCCUACAAGUUGGUUGGGUUAUUAUAAUAAUCCAGAAGCAACCGCUGAUAUCAUGGAUGCUGAUGGUUGGAUCAACACCGGUGAUGUCGGGUACAUGGACGAUGAGGGGUUUCUACAUUUAGUGGAUCGCAGCAAGGAUAUUUUAAAAUAUAUGGGUUUUCACUACUCUCCACAUGAGAUAGAAGAGACAAUAGUUGUCUUGCCAGACGUUAUCGACGCUUGUGUGUUUGGAGUCUACGACGACAAAGAGGGGGACUUAGCUGGCGCUGCUGUAGUGCUAAAGCCUGGUAGUACACUUACCGAAUCGGAUAUUAAGAGUUUUUUGGCAGAGAAACUGGUGGUGAAGUACAAACAGCUCAAUUACGGAGUCUUUUUCGUGGAUACGAUUGCACGAAAUUCUAACGGUAAACUGCUGCGAGCAAAGAUGAAAGAAAUUUGCUUGGAAAUUAACAAAGAAACAGGAUCAAAGGUUCUGCAACGUUGAUAUAAAAAUAAUGUAUUUCUAAAAAAAAUAAGUAAGGACAUAUUUAUUUAUUAAUAAUAAGUAAGGAAGCGCUCGGGUGUAACCGAACUUUUAUGCUAUUGUAAUUUGCAAGGCUCAAAGCCGGAAUUAAUUAUAUAGGAUAUACAAUAGGGACAGAGAUAUAGCAAUAUUUUUUGCGAAGUUGGUCUUUUUGACAGCUGUUACCUGAAUUAUACUUGGUUUAGUUUAACAUUUCGUAAUAAACAUACUAACAUCGGCACAACGUUUGCGCUGCGUUCAAUAAUCGGUCGAUAUAUCCGCCUAGCGGAGUAAAUAAUUUGAGCAACCAUGAAUCGUUUUCGCACCACGUUUACUGUAGAGGGUAAUGCGCAUUCUUAGAGACGCCGUAGCAGAUUAGUGCAGAAGACCCGUAUGAGGUUCUCC